GCCCAGGAUCUGCUAAUCCGACGUCAAUCCUGUGGUACUUAUUAGGGGAUCAGCCCUGCCCAGCAGGACCGUCCAGGUAGCUGCUGGGCUAGCAGCAGCUGGGAUGUGCCUCCCGGGGAGAAUUCCUCCUCCCCUCACUUUUAUGCCAUUUUCACUUUCACAUUCCCAGGGUCGAGAGCGCCUUACCGUUGGUAAUACAAUGGAGGGUCGCAGAUCACCGCCACCAGCCGCUGGGAUGCGAGUGGGUUGCAUGUCCGAAUGUUAAGGGACACUUUUCUUCCCGCUGAGGGUUUGUUUUCGUUUUUCAUUCUAACCCCUACUCUUUCCCUCCUACAUUGUUUAGGGACAAUAUUUGUUUGAUUCUGUGAGCCUCGUCGUUGCUACCAGGAGCACAUCUAUUUGGUCUUUGUGGAGUGGUAGAGAGGGGGAGAGAGAUGCCCGACCAGCGACAACAGACUAAUCAUCCAGGGCGAGACGAUGAUGGAUAUCCAUACCAGCAACUCACGGUCUUGGCGUUAUGCCGCCUUGCCGAGCCCAUCGCCUUCUGCUCCAUCACAGCCUACACCUUUGUAAUGGUCGUCGACAUCAAAGGCGAGGAAAAUGCCUCGUUUUACGCCGGCCUUUUAAUUUCCGCCUUUGCUAUGGCUGAGGCCUCUACGGCCAUGAUAUGGGGUCACAUCUCCGACCGAUACGGCAGGAAGCCGAUCGUUCUUCUGGGGCUUGCGGGAGUUGCGCUGUCGAGUCUGAUCUUUGGGUUUGCAAAGAGCUACUGGGUUGCUCUUAUGGCGAGGGUGGUUGGGGGGCUUUUGAAUGGAAACGUGGCUGUAAUGCAGACUAUGGUGGCGGAGAUGGUGAAGAGACCUGAGCACGAGCGUGAGUCUGCAGAAUGGUGCAAAGCCCCAGAAAAUUACUUAAAGCUGAUUUCUGACUUCAGCCACCGCAUACGCCGUCCAGCCCUUUGUAUGGAGUCUAGGAUCAAUUGCUGGGUCGGCCCUGGGAGGCUUCACAGCGCAACCUGCCCGGUUCUAUCCUCACCUCUUCUCUUCUGACGGGAUUUUCGGCGAAUAUCCUUACCUCUUACCGAACCUGGUUGCUGUAGCGAUCAUUGUCAUCGCCAUCAUACAGGGCUGCCUUUUCCUCGAGGAGACGAAUCCAGUGUCGCGAUCAUCAGGUACACUAGUCACGGUCAACAGUUCCGAUACCAUCGAUGAGACGACGCCCCUGAGGUCGAGACAGAGGCGGGAGUCGGCGCUCAGUGCAUUUUCGACAGGACCUGGCGGACUCACUUACGUCGCGGAGUCCAUGCCUGUUGCCAUCGAUCCGGCCUUCGACCUUCGGCGGCCUUCUGUGGCAUCUAUCGGCUCACUCAAGCCACUCUUGAAAGUCGGAUCACAAGUCGAAGCCGUCAUUGAAGACGAAGACGACGAACAACCUGUUAAGCCGGAGCAAAUCAGGGCUUUCACCAAGCCCGUCAUCAUGUGGACCGUUGCUCUCGUGGUGAUGUCAUAUCACUCGAUGGCUUUUGGCUCUGUUCUCCCCAUUUACCUCCUUGACGACCCGCAACGGCCGGCACGUGAACUUGACUUGAAGGGCGGGCUCGGCAUGACUCUGCACGAAGUCGGGACAUAUCUCGCCGCCGGCAGCAUCAUGUCUUUGUUCUUCCAAGCAGUUGUAUUUCCCAUUUUCGUGGCCAAGUUGGGUGUCUGGAAGGCCGUCUUGUCAGUGACACUGCUCAGCCCGUUCAUCCACACUGUGGUGCCGUUUGUCUCUCUUCUUCCAAAACCAGGGGCAGGAAUUUACGCCGUGCUGGCAUUUCAGAGCUUCGCGGGCGUCGUCUCCUUCCCGACCUUUUUGAUCCUGUUGAAGAACGCCACACCCUCGCCGCUGGUGUUGGGUAAAGUCAACGAGCUAGCCAUGUCAGCUUGCUCCGCCGCCAGAACGGUGGGACCACCGCUCGUCGGUAUAUUCUAUAGCAGCCUUGGGUCAGCAGGGGCGUGGUGGAGUUGUGCCCUUGUCGCCAUCAUUGGGGUCAUCCAGUUUUACUUUUCGCCCAGGCCAAGGGACGAUGACGAGACGAUAUUGCGGAGAGCCUCGACGGCGGCCGUCGAGGCUCCGCCCAUGGCUGACUUGGCACGGAGCCGGGAAGAGUAAUGUUUCUGAGAUGUGUUCGGCGUUUUGUGAAAAGUUUAUGGAUUUGUGCUCCAUGAAGGAUAAGUAAAUUGCUGCAAGUGUUAUGGCGCAGGCUCACAAUAUGUUCGCUAUAUGGAUUAUUUCAGGAAAAAACGCCAUAGGUAAGCGUGGGAGAAAUUCGGAAAGCGGCUUUGAGCUCCUCUGCCAAAGUACGGAGUCCACAACCGCCAUUUGCGGACUGCUGGAGAGAAAUCAAGGAGUUAUGUAUCGAGAUGCGCUUUCAGAUGUUUAAGAGUGGCGUGCGUGGACUCAGCCAUUUUCCAAGUAGAC